UCCUGAAGACUGAAGGGCGGAAGACUUUACCCGACGGACCACGGACAAAUAGCUUGUUAGCGGCCGCUAGAAACAAACCCGGGCUCUGGUUCUUAUGACCUAGACUGAGUUCCCCUCACAAUUAAACACCUCUUUUUUUAGUUUGACUAUUCACUAAUUCAAACUAGAGGUUCAGACUUUAGUGAGGAAGAUGGGAGUCCCCAAGUUUUACCGCUGGAUAUCGGAGCGGUACCCUUGUCUGAGUGAAGUAGUGAAGGAACACCAGAUUCCAGAAUUCGACAACCUCUACCUGGACAUGAACGGUAUCAUCCAUCAGUGUUCCCAUCCAAACGACGAGGAUGUCCACUUCCGUAUCUCCGAGGAGAAGAUUUUCGCUGACAUCUUCCAUUACCUGGAAGUGCUCUUCAGGAUCAUCAAGCCUCGCAAGGUCUUCUUCAUGGCUGUGGACGGCGUGGCACCUAGGGCGAAGAUGAACCAGCAGAGAGGACGGAGAUUCAGGUCCGCGAAAGAAGCAGAGGACAAGAUCAAAAAAGCUCUGGACAAAGGAGAGGUGCUUCCCACAGAGGCUCGUUUUGACUCCAACUGUAUCACUCCCGGAACCGACUUCAUGGCGAGACUCCAGGAGCAGCUCAAAUAUUUCGUCCACAACAAGCUCUCCACUGACAGGCUAUGGCACAACGUCAACGUCUACCUGUCGGGUCACGAAACUCCAGGAGAGGGAGAACACAAGAUCAUGGAGUUUAUUCGCUCUGAGAAUACGAAGCCCGGUCACAACCCCAACACCCGACACUGCCUGUAUGGUCUGGAUGCUGAUCUGAUAAUGUUGGGUCUGACCAGCCAUGAGCCAAACUUCUCACUGCUCAGAGAGGAGGUUCGCUUCGGGGGAAAGAAAUCCCAAAAAAGAAUUACAGCUCCAGAAGAGACGACGUUUCAUUUGCUCCACUUGUCUCUGAUGAGGGAGUACAUUGACUAUGAGUUUUCUGAUCUCAGGAAACACAUCGGCGACCAGUAUGACUUGGAGCGAAUAAUAGACGACUGGAUCCUCAUGGGGUUCCUUGUAGGAAAUGAUUUCAUCCCUCACCUGCCUCACCUUCACAUCAGUCAUGAUGCUCUGCCGCUGCUGUACAAGACCUACAUCAGUGUGCUCCCCAGUGUGGGCGGUUAUCUGAAUGAGAACGGCCAUCUCAACCUCCGAAACUUUGAGAAGUACCUGGAGAAACUUGCUGAGUUCGACAGGGAACAUUUCAGUGAAGUGUUCGUGGACUUGAAGUGGUUCGAGAGUAAAGUUGGUAACAAGUAUCUGAACGAGGCCGCCGGAUUGGCUGCAGAACAGGAAGCUGCCAACUUGGACGCCAACAAGAAUGAGAAUUCAUCCCUCGGUCUGUCAGCUCUGAACACAUCAGAGAAAGGGACUGCAGGAGGAAAGGGAACGGCAGGAGACGAGGAGGAAGAGGAGGAUGACAUGUUUGAGACUGAGUUCAGGCAGUACAAGCGCACCUACUACAUGACAAAGAUGGGCGUGGAUGUGGUUUCUGACGAUUUCCUGGCCACGCAGGCCAAGUGCUACGUGGAAGGAAUCCAGUGGAUCCUUCACUACUACUACCACGGGGUCCAGUCCUGGAGCUGGUACUACCCCUUCCACUACGCUCCCUUCCUGUCUGACAUCAGGAAUAUAUCAGGGUUAAAGUUGACCUUUGACUUCGGGAGACCCUUCAUGCCCUUCCAGCAGCUGUUAGCAGUCCUGCCUGCGGCUAGCAUGGAGCUACUGCCUCAGAGUUACAGGCACCUGAUGACCAGUGAAACGUCCCCCAUCAUUGAGUACUACCCUCUUGACUUCAAGACCGACCUGAAUGGAAAGCAGCAGGAAUGGGAGGCUGUGGUUCUGAUUCCCUUCAUAGAUGAGCGGUGCUUACUAGCAGCCAUGGAUCCCUACAAUGAUAAGAUGACCAAAGAGGAGAAGGCCAGGAACUGUCACACAGAGUGUGCGGUCUACUCUCAUGACGCCGAGGUUGACUUUCCAUACAACUCCAACCUGCCACAGCUGUUCCCAGACAUCGUCCACUGCCAUGUCAGGAUAACAAACAUCCCAAUGGAUGCCUGGUACGUAUCGUUGAACCACCGGAGCAGACCUGUUGACCGCUCAGCGCUGUACUUCUGUGGUUUCCCAACUCUACAACACAUCAGACACAAGUUUUACCGGAAGAAGAGUGGAGUGGUUGUGUUCCAGCAGAGCAGCAGAGGGGAGAACAUGAUGCUAGAGAUCCUCACCAACAAGGAUGAAGAUGUGGUGUGUGAUAGUGUUGCGUCACACGUCCUGGGGAAGCCUGUGUUUGUCAACUGGCCGCAUCUAGAGGAGGCUCGUAUCAUCGCAGUGUCAGACGGAGACGUCAAGUUUUGUCUUGAGGAACCGCCAGGUGUCCAAAGAGUGUAUGAAAGACCCUCCACGCCUCCUCCCACCAAAGUCACCUGUCUGUCUGACAAGGAGCAGAAGGACUGGGUGAAGGAUGUUCAAGGGAUCUCAGAACAUUUCUUGAAGAGGAAAGGCAUCACAGUGAACGAGACCAUAGUGGUCUUGUACGGCCAGCUGCUCACAGGAAGGAAAUACGUCCCCAAAGCCAACGGGGUGGUGGAGCUAGAGAAACAGUGGGCCAAGCAGGUCCUGCCUUUCGCCUACCAGACCGUCGUAAAGGACAUCGAGGCCUUUUACUCGUCUUCGACCUGCUUCAAGAGCUUAGACGAGCUCUUCCCUCAAGCGACCACCGUCUUCAUGGUGGGAAACCCGUACUACGGUGCCAUGGGCGAGGUGCAGGAUUCAAGUGAUGUCAUUAAAGAGGGUCGAGUACGAGUGGUCUUCAAUGUUCCCCAUGAACCUCAGCUGGAGCCCUUAAUCCAGAACCAGCAUAAGUACUGUGUGAAGUACAGUCCCGGAUACGUUCUGGCCUCUCGCCUCGGCGUCACCAGCUACCUCGUCUCCCGCUUUUCUGGAAGCAUCUUCAUCGGCCGAGGCUCCAAGAAGAAUCCAUGUGGAGAGCAAAAAGCCAACGUGGGCCUGAACCUGAAGUUCAACAAGAAGAACGAGGAGGUUCCUGGGUACACCAAGAAAACGGAGAAGGAGUGGCUCUACUCUGCCGCUGUGGAGGAGCUGCUGGCUGAAUACCUGGACAGGUUUUCUGAGGUCUUCAACACCGUGUCCAGGAACAGCCACGAUGAUGUGUUCUAUGAAGACGACAUCUGGCCUGCAGUGGAGCAGAACGGGGCAGAGAAGGUUGCUGAAAUCACCUCAUGGUUGAAAAGUCACCCGGUGAGCUCGGUCAGCAGGACGUCAUGCGACCUCCAGGUGCUGGACUCUGCCAUCGUGGAGAGGAUCGAGGAGGCAGUGGAGAAAACUAAGGCCAAGAAGAGCAGCAAGAAGGUCCGCGUGACUGUCAAGCCUCAUCUCCUCUUCAGGCCUUUGGAGCAGCAGCAGGGCGUCGUUCCAGACCCGGAUGCAGAGUAUCGUCUGUUUGACAGAGUUGUCAACACCAGAGAUGGCUUCACCGUCCCGCUGGGACUCAGAGGAACAGUCGUCGGCAUUAAAGGAGCGGAGCGUGAGGCUGAAGUUCUCUAUGAAGUGCUCUUUGAUGAAGAGUUUGCCGGUGGACUCACCGUCAGGUGUACAACACCACGUGGUUACCGCCUCCCUCCCUGCGCUCUCAUCAACCUUUCCCACGGAGCUCGAGUGGAUCCCACCUCCCACAAACUCACUGCUAUUGUCAAACCUCAACCGGCUACAGCUGCAAAUUUCAACUCCCAGCGUCAGAUGGGCGGCCUGAACCACUCCCCUCGUUCCCCCUUCAUACCCACACAGCAUAACAACAAACAGGGAGCGGGGAGAGGAGCCGCCCAGGGCAACAGGAACUCUCCCUCUAAGGGUCUCUUCCAGAAGCAGCAGGGGAAGAGUAAAGAGGAGUACAGUAACAUAUGGCAGUCUCUGCAGACCUCUGGCCCUCUUCAGAAACCACCAGCUCACUGGCAAAAUAAUGAAGGACAGUCCCAACAGGCAAAUAACCAGCAGCCAAACAAAGCUGUUCCAGUAGGUGGCAUCAGACUGUUGAAGAAAAAUGAAGACCCCAACUCCCUUUUCCCCUCAAGGAACACAGCCAACAAGACAUCCACAGAGUUUGAGGACCUGAUAGCAAACCUGAAAAUCUCCGCUGGUAACCAGCAAACUCCACCCCUUCCGGCUCCUCAGCAACCACCUACCAGCCAAUCAGAUGGCCCAUUGUCUCCACAGUCCUUCGCCAUGAAAGGAACCCUGAUGCUGAAGGAGAUGCUGAAGAUUGAUGGUACUGGAACAGGAAGUCCUGACACUCAGGAUGCAUCUAACGCCAUGGGUGGUCAUCAGCAAAACAGGAGAAGAUCAUCCAAAAAACUAGCAGCGAAUAUGAACAGCCCGCAUGGUGAUGGACCUGUAUUAGCUCCUCCUACUCCUAACCUCUCCAACGCCGUGCUCAGCAGUAAGGUGUCCGAGCUGGCGUGUGUCUGUGUGGGGUUGGGAAUGGCACCGCCAGACUUCAGCUUCAUUGGCAACCGACAGGGUGUAGUGGUGUGUCAGGUGAAGCUGUCCAAUGGGCUGAUGGUCCACGGUCCACAGUGCCAAUCAGAAAAUGAUGCCAAGGAGAAAGCUGCCUUCUUUGCCCUCCAGAGACUGAACUCAGUGGGAUCAGGCUUCCCCCUCCCGCCUCCUCUAUUCCCAGGAGUGGGUCAGAUACGUCCACCACCCUUAGGACCCAUGCCUCCAGUCUUCAACACACCAGGCGGUUUGCUGCUGCCUCCUCAGGGUUUUGGCCCUGCCUCUAUGUGGGGGAUGCCGCUGCCUCCUCACCAUCCAAACCAACCUUUCUUUGGAGCAGCAGGCACCUUUCCUGGUGCCGCCCACCCACAGGCUGGAGCGACGCUGCCCAUCGGCUCCCACAACCAGUUUAUUCCUCUACAGGUGACAAAGAAGCGAGUCUCGGCCAACAAGAAGAACCAGGAUACUCGAGAGUUUUACAGCGCCGCCCACACAGUGGCUAAAAACCAGUCCCAGAGAGGCCAGUACCAGUCCUCCGGCCAGACUGAACAUCAGAGCGGUAGAGCCGACCAGCAGCAUCAACACACAGCCUAUAGCAACCCCUCCUCGACCAGUCCUGGUCUCGCCGAUACCGUUUCCUCGUCGACAGCGGCAGCCCCACACACGCCUCCUCGACAAAACGCGCCAGCAACAGGCCACACCCCUGGCUCCGCCUCCAAGAGGAAGCACAGAAAACUGGCGGUGAACUUUGAGGCAACGAAAGUCUCUGAGUAAUGAGCUGUCAUGUAUCCGUGUGUGUGUGUGUGUGAGGGGGGAGAGAUUGUGUUGGCCUCGUUGUGUUUGAUCAGUUUUAAUCAGUGAUGUAAAUCAGGUUCGACUUGAUGAUCUGUUUUAAUGUUUCUCAUGUUUUCUGAUCUUUACAUCCAUCAAGUUUGACCGCCUUUUAUUUCCACUUUAACAACUUUCUUCAUUUUCUACUUUUUUAUGGUUUGUUAACAACACAGUUUUAGCAAAGAGUUAAAUAUGCACGACAUGAGGAAACAAGUCCCCUGACACACAGAAUCCUAACACACAUGAUGUGCUGUGUUAGACCAGCACGUAACCCAGACUAAGGCUUUCUUACUUUUACAUUUCAUUGAAUAAACUGGACCGUGUUGAGGUUUCCUUUUAAACAUGUUAUUGUAGCAGUCUAAAACUAGAAUUGUGAGUUGUGUUUGGACCUGCUGCAGAAAAGCUCACACUGCCCAAAACCCCCAAAGUGGAAUGUUCUAUGUUUUAAAUAAAAUGUGUCCGGAGAGCACGGCUGAUUUGUCACAGGCGCAAAUAAUGUAGUAUGAUUUGUAUUUUCAUGCUUCCAUUGGUGUAUUUUUUUAAUCCAACAGCAUCAGGCUCUCUGUCCUGAGCUCACACGCUUCAUACAAAGAUUCACUGUUGACAUUUUUUAUUAGAAUACAAAUAAUGAGGAUAUUUGUGAUUCUGUGCGGGUUCAUGAUCUGGACUGAUGUCAGAGAUGGUGAAGUUUUCAUUUCAGCGUGAUGUUUUUGUUAAUUAGUUAUCAAUUAUGCUGAUUAGGUGCCAUGAAAGAAGAUGUAAGAUGUAAUCAUCCACAUAAAGAAAUGAUAAACAGUCCUAUAAGGAGUUAAAAUUGUUCAUUUUUGUUUCUGCAGCCAAAGAUCACUGGAACACUAUAAAUGAUGAGUACUGCUAUGAUUUCCUUUUGUUCACUAAUUCUCUCACAGUGCUUCUGAGAUGUUUCUCCAGGUCCUUGUUUUGUGAGUUUUUGAAGGUGUUGGAAUGUUUUAAGAUCUGAAUCAGGACUUCUGUACACACAAAAACACACACACACACACACCUCUGUUUUAAAGAUCUUUGUUUUUCUUCUCCAGAUGGAUUUUACAGAAACCCUUUUAUAGGCAGUCUGAGCAUCUUUUCUAACCUCUCCAAAUAAUCAUUGUUUCAAUAAUCUUCGUGGUGAUAUUGCAGCUGAUGAGACUGUCCUUAUUUUUUAGGGACGCAGGUGUAAAGUGUGUUUUUGUGCGUGUGUUGUUUUGAAGGCGGAUGCUCUUACACUGACUCUGGAACUCAAGUCUGUUUGGCUCUGGUGCAAUAAGGGACGUUUUAAACAUUUUGGACAUUGAGCACACCUGUUAUGUAUCUAUUUUUUUUUCUUCAAUGUAACAAAGUGGAUAACUCUCGGUAUGAAGAGAUUUUGACUUGCUGUUUUGAUCCAGGAUUGUGCUGUACAUAUCCAUUUAAUUAAAGUGAAUCUUUUGUUA